AUGCCGCCUCGUCGACGGCCUACAGCGUUUGAAGUCUCUUUUCCUGGGGAAAAGGAGGACGAGGAAGCUAAGCGCCACAAGCUUCCAAAAGACGCAUACUACAAGGCUCUGAAGGACCCGAUUAAAGAGACCAUGACGUUGGUCAUCACUGGAGAAGACCCCAGCGAUGGCGACGACGACAAGCCCAUUCGGGAACUGCACGAGUUCACGAUCUUUGACCCGAGCCGUAGAAACGAGCUGGUCACUUUGGAGGCAUUGGAGCAGGACGAUGGUAUCGACCGGGCUUUUGAAGCUGCUGGGUAUGUGAAACCCCAUUACCUGAGUGAAGAAGAUGAGGGGCAGGAGGAAGAGCAGGAGGAGCCUCAGUAUGUCCAUUUGGGCGCUAUAAUGAGGUACACGGUGGAUUACUCGCAGGAAUCCGAGGCGCUAAAACGUCCCAACGAAGAUUUCAAGUCGUUUUUGGAUCGAUUGACGAAACGAGUCGAUAUGUUCGGCCGGACAUAUGUUCAAGAGCAUAUUUGGGAUAAUCUUGUGGACAUCAAUGAAAUUAUACGAGAGUCUGAACACGCAAAGAAAAUCAUGGCCGUCCCAUUUGUUAAGACUAUUCUUCAAAGAGCGCCUCAGAGUAUCGAACCACAACGGAUUCCGAGAAACACUCGCCCCUUGGUCAGAAAGCAGCCGAAGAACCUAAUAGGAAAUCCCGACAUAUCUGUUCUCAAGAGCGAAAAUCAAAACACCACAUGUGUGACACCGAGGAUUGCAAAACUCGCAAAGGGACUGUUCCGCGAAGAAAUGAUGGUUCUUGGGCCGCCGCCUCCACCAGUCAACAAGGCUGAGGUUGAGGCUCUCAAAAAUAAAGCUGCGCACAAUUUACGGCAACUCAUCAGUAGGGCAAAGGCGGGCAACAAGAAGAUCACGUAUCGCAAGGAUGAUCGCAUUAAAGUGGGUGGUGAUUACUAUAGCUCAAUCACAAUUGAGGGGGUAGAAUAUAAGAUGGGUGAUGUUGUUUUGUUCCCGAUUAAACUUGCUGGCGAUGAAGUCAGGCUAAAAGCGGUUCAACCCGAUAAGAGCUCUCGUGUUGACCAUUUCUUUUGGUUUGCGAAAAUUAUCUAUAUCAUGGCUGAAAGCCACCAAGUGCAUGUACAGUGGUUCAAUCACGGUUCACAAACAAUUCUGAAUGAGUUAGCACACCCACAAGAGCUGUUUCUGAGUGAUCUGUGCGGUCAUGACACGGUUAACCACAUUGUAGCGAAGGUUACAGUUCAUUACUUGCCGAACGAGGUUGAUCCAAAGGUGAAAGCAGGCGAAUAUUUUUGCAAAUUCUCGCAUGACAUCAAAACAGGCGUUUUUGCAGAUCUGGAUACCAAACGCAUUGAACUGUGUAACAGCCAGCGGCCACCGGAUAACUGCCCUGUAUGCCCUCUCCUUGAAGAAAUUGAUAUGCAAAAAACGGUCAUGCCUCUGAAGGACAACGCAGGGAAUAUCAACGGGCUUGCUUUCGCUGGUGUAUCGUACCACCUUGAAGAUUUUGUCUUGUAUCGUGCCGAAAAAGGACCUGCCAACAUCGGCUACAUUACGCAGAUCGUAUUUCCAUCUCGCAUGCGGGACACAGCAAAAGUCACCAUGAGGAAGGUUGGUCGUAUAUCCGACCUUGAUGACGAAGUUUUACCUGAAGGGGUUUUGAGAGACGAGAGACACUUAUUCAUAACUGAUGAGACAGUUAAAGUAGACGUAUCAGAGGACUCUGCGUUGCUGCAAGUCAUUUAUGUACCUUGCAGUGAAUCAUUCGAGGACCCCAGUGCAAAUUUGGAAGACUGGCUCGAACUCUCAUACGAUCACUUUUACGUGCUUUAUUCAUUCCCUCGCCUCGCUGUCAAACAUUGGGACGAAAGGAAGAAAACGCGAUGGCAAAGGCACGAAGUAUGCAGUCAAUGCUGCAAGGAGAUUCUUGAGAAGCGCAAAGGAAUAUAUAAAUUCCUUAAGCAAACGAAGCCCUUGGCCACAUUAGAUCUGUUUGGGGGUGUCGGUGCACUCAGUCGAGGCCUAGCUGAUGGAAGUGGAUGUCUUAAGGUUACUCAUGCCGUUGAGAUUGCGCCGAGCGCAGCCAGGACAUUUGCGAUCAAUUCUCCAGAAACAACAGUGUACAAUCAAUGCGCCAAUGAAAUACUCCGCUAUGCUGUGAAAUCACAAUUGAAACAUGAUAUAGAAAUUCCAAAGCAAAUAUAUGACAAUAAGACUCCCAUUUCAGCUCCACCGAAACCUGGAGACAUCAAAGUCAUUACGGCAGGUUUCCCCUGCCAGAGUCAUUCGACGUUGAAUAUCUACAAGAACGCAGAUGACCCAAAAAGCAAUUUAAUUCUAACCACACUUUCUUAUCUUGAUUACUACUCACCGGACUUUGCAUAUUUUGAAAAUGUCCCGGGAUUUUUGCGAUUCUCUUUGAGGGCGACCCAUGAAAAUGAAUAUGGAUUAUCUGGGGAUGUGGAUAUGGGUGGAGUAAAGCUCCUCCUUCGAUCGCUGAUUGACAUGCAUUAUCAGUUCCAAUUUGCAUUAUUGCAAGCUGCACACUACGGAACUCCACAGCGAAGGGUUCGCUUCUUCCUGGUCGCUGCCAAAACUGGGCAGGUGCUUCCUGCAAUACCACAACCAACACAUGACUUUCCGGACUCAACCAGCCUCAGCAUCAAAUUUGCUGAUAAGCUAGAUGUCAUUGCACCUAUUAGAAUGGCACAUGGAACAGCGCGCAAUCGGUGUGUAACCAUAAAAGAUGCCAUUGGCGAUUUGCCUAGGUUUGACUGGUUGCGUAACUUGAAACAUCCAUCACCCGAUACGGAAGAUAAAAAAAGGAAAGAUGCAAGGCGAAGACGCGCGCGUGAAGUUGCUGCUGUGGAUUGCAACGUCAAGGACACAUAUUCUGGGUUCUCGGGAAAAAUUGGAUACCAUAUCGAUCCUAAGACGAGAUAUCAAAAGCAGGCCCGUCUCAAGGAAACAAUUGAUAUACAGCAUUAUACACGGUGCUUAUUGCCAAGAAAGGUGGAACGGGUACUGUGUAUCCCCUUGAAAGCUGGAGCAGAUUAUAUGAGUUUACCAGCCGAUAGAUAUGAAUGGCAAAUUGCAGAUCCUACAUCGUCUGUGGGUAGACGGAAUUAUAUUCGAGGUCUGUAUGGGCGCCUUGAUCAAAACAAGGUCUUCCCCACCACUGUUACAAAUGUCGACCCAACGGCAAAGCAAUGUCAAGUUUUAAAUCCUUGGUGCCAUAGGAUGGUUACCGUCCGAGAAUUGGCAAGGUCCCAAGGAUUUCCGGACAGUUUCGUGUUUAAAACAAUUGGAAAGUUGAAUGUAGUGACUAUCCAUCGACAGAUUGGAAACGCGGUUCCUUUGCCUCUUGCGCACGCACUUGGGAGGGAACUUCGCGAAUCGCUAUUCAAUCUGUGGAAUAGAAAACGAGAAGAUGCCAUCGUCAUUGAGGAUGAUGAACUUGCUCGAGGAGUAGAACAUCAGCAUUUAGCGAAUGAUAGUGACGACGAUAUGUAUGUUUAG